UUCCGGGGCAACGUUGCAUUGUCUACUCAAACUGCCGAGAAGUCUCAAACCCCCGUACCACGGGCUGGGCAAUAAACUGGACGAAGUCCGAGCCGAGCUGUCCAUCGCCGAAAUACUCAUCAUCGAUGAGAUUUCCAUGGUGUCGAAAGACCUCUUCGCCUACGUGAAUGCCAGGUUGAAACAAAUCAAAGGAAUUAAUUUACCUUUCGGUGGCAUGUCUGUUCUUGCUGUUGGAGAUUUCUUUCAGCUCCCUCCCGUGAGACAGUCCAAACCUCUGUGCGUGUACGAUCCUACGCGGCUGGACCACUGGCGUGACGACUUCAAAAAGAUCACGCUCACCGCCAUCAUGAGGCAGAAAGACGAUGUCGCCUUUGCCGAACUGCUGAACCGACUCCGCGUCAAAGAAAAGUCAGAUGAACUGUCGGAAAUGGACAGAGCUCUCCUUGCCACGAGGUGGAUGGCCAUAACUCUGCGAUGCUGGAACUGCUUCAUAAGGACAUUGUGCAGAUUGACGCGGAUGACUACAAGAAAGACAAAGGAACUGGCAGAAUGGCAAGGUCUGUGCAACGGGAUGUUUGCAAAAGUUGUCAAAUUGGUGAACUAUCCAAAUGAAGCCCGUGUCCAGAAACUUGGGUUGGAACUCGAUCAUGUGAGUAACACAGCGCGUGCUGCUAACCCCGUGUACAUUGACAGACUGGAGGAGAAGCUGAACAAGGCUGGAGUGACGCGCCGACAGUUUCCCAUCAAGCUUGCUUUUGCCUGCACGAUCCACAAGGUACAAGGCAUGACAACGUCACAGGCUGCAGUCUCGCUGAAAGGUGUUUUCGAACACGGCAUGGGGUACGUAGCUCUGAGUAGAGUGACUUCGCUCAGUGGUCUGCAUAUUCUGCAUAUGGAUGAGAGAAGGCUUCAUGCAAAUCCACAAAUCACUGCUGCUCUUGCUGAGAUGGCAGAGGAUUCUUUGGAGAGCGUCAUGCCCCUCCUUCACGUGAUGCCGUCGGUAGAUCGGGCAAAUCACCUGGUUGUCGUCCAUCAUAACACCGAAGGGCUGUCUUGUCACGUGCAAGAUAUCGUGUCUCAUCACGAACUGCUUUUCGCUGAUGUUUUGUGCUUCACAGAGACACACCUCCAAGGAUCAGUGGCCGAUGGACGUGCUUGCUUGGAAGGCUACACGAUGUUUUGCAGGAACCGAAGUGAUUCUUACACAAACUGUCCUGACUUGGCGACAAAACGUGGUGGCGGCGUAGGUAUUUGUGUCAAAAGUCACAUCGCGGCCCACGAAAAGAAAUACGUUCAGGGUGUGACCGACAUUGAAUUUGUUGUGGUGAAACUUGAAGAUCCCCUCAAUGUGUUGAUUGCUGCCGUUUACAGGCCUCCAGGCAACAGUCUGCGCACUUUUCUGCCAAGCUUGGGAAAUCUCUUGCGGUACCUUGAAGUAAUGGAGCAUCAUCAGAUCUUGGUAUGUGGAGAUUUUAAUGAAGAUAUGCUAUCUGCCUCAUUCAAGCCCAUUCUUGAUUUGUUCCGCUCGAAAGGCUACACGCAACUCAUAGCCACUGCUACCACUGACAAAAACACAUUGCUUGACCUCAUUUUUGUCUCUCGACCUCAGUGUGCCCUUCAUUCAGGUGUCCUGCAAACGUACUACAGCUAUCACAAUCCUGUUUUCUGUGUUUUGACCAGUGAAAGGUAAGUCACAGCUAAAUCAGCAUUUUCUAAAACAACAAGGAUGGAAAUCGAAACGUCAACGGUGUCGUAAGUGUAUAAUAAUAGUGGUGGGAUGCGGUGGGUGAUUUGUUGACUUGAGGAGAGAUGGGAUCCAGAGUGGAAGUGCUCAUUACUUGACCUCUUUUUCUUUCUCUCGACCUCUGUGCUCUUUAUUCAGGUUCCGUGCGAACAUACAACAGCUAUCACAAUCCUGUUUUCUGUGUUUUGACCAGUGAAAGGUAAGUCAAAUCUAUAUCAUGUUUUUCAGUAGUUGGAAAAACAACGAGGACAGACGUCGAAUGGCGUAAGUGUAUAAUAUUAGUGGUGGGAUGUGGUGGGUGAUUUGUUGACUAGAGAUGAAAUGGGAUCUGGGGCUCAGAAUGGUAAACGUAAUGUUGCCAUUAGCCUCACAAUUUCCACAUAGAAAAUAACUACCAACCCAUGUGGAUAGCGAUAGCUGGAAAAGCAGCUUUAUACUGAUAAUAUAAAUUGGUGGCAAUGAAAUCCACCCCUAUUUUGGACACUGAGGUUUGUGCAUGAUGCUAGCAAUAAACCUGUUGCCUGGCUGGCAUUACAAAUGGAGAAAACAUCGAAUUGGAAAAUACUUAUCGAUGGCAAAGGUUUGCUUGACGCGAGAAACAUGCUUCAGAGUGAGUGAAGGGGAGACGGAGAGGAGUGGCCUUUUUAACUUGGAUUCACUUUUAUCAUUUUUAAAUGGUCCCAGGCAAAUCAUGGAAGAGUGAUAAAUGGAAACAAACCGUGAGUAAAGCCUUACAUGAAACUGUCAUUAAAAAGUAUCAUGAGUAAAGGUGGUCAUACAUGUAAAGACAAGGACAGUUGAUGUAGCUGAACUCAUGUCUGUGGUGGUAAGUUGAGAUGGGCCUGUAUGUUGAGAUGGAAUGGGGGUUGUUGUGGACUCAAGUUCAGUUAAGGGAAGGCCAAGGCUUUAGAAAUUUUCUA